UGGAACGAGCGGAGGAUGCUGUGGAGGCCAUCAGGGGCCUCGACAACACCGAAUUCCAAGUUGGAGUUUGCUGUCCAGAUGACUUGCCAGAAUUGUGUGGAUGCCGUUCGGACAGCUCUGGAUGGAGUACCAGGCCUCCAGGUGCUUGAUAUCCAGUUGGAUAACCAGAGUGUGCUGGUGGAUACUACCCUCACCACCGAGAAGGUCCAAAACCUUUUGGAAAGCACAGGACGAGCAACUGUGCUGAAAGGGAUGGGAAGUGCCGAGCCAGGGCCUCUCGGCAGUGCGGCCGUGGCCAUGGUGUCCGGCCGGGGAUCGGUGCAGGGGGUGGUGCGGUUCUUGCAGGUCUCCCCGCAGAGAUGCCUCGUGGACGGCACCGUCGAUGGCCUGGCGCCAGGGCUUCACGGCCUGCAUGUCCAUGACUUUGGGGACAUCAGCCGGGGCUGUGACAGCUGCGGGGAGCACUUCAAUCCGGACGGGGAGCGCCACGGAGGCCCAGGGGACGCUCAGAGGCAUGCUGGGGACCUUGGAAAUAUCUUGGCCUCUGCGGACGGAAGAGCCUCCUUCCGGAUGGAAGACAGCCGGCUGAAGGUCCAUGAGAUCAUCGGGCGCUCCUUGGUGAUAGAUGCGGGAGAGGAUGACCUGGGCCGCGGAAGCCACCCGCUCUCCAAGAUCACUGGGAACUCAGGCGAGAGAGUGGCGUGUGGCAUCAUCGCCCGAUCUGCUGGCCUCUUCCAAAACCCCAAGAAAAUCUGUACCUGUGACGGAGUGACGCUGUGGGAAGAACGGGAGUGCCCUUCGGCUGCCAGGCGAGGCCAGAGGGCCACCAGCCUACCCACCCCACACCUCUAGGAUCUGUGGUUCGGCCGGCACUCUUGUUAGGCUACGGCCGCGAAGGAUUCUCCCUGCGGCAAGGAGGGAGAUGGCAACGAGACGCUUCAUGCCAGGAGAACAUAAUAUGGGCCUCCUGAAAUUGCAUGGAUAAGGCAAGGGACAGAAGAAACGGGCACGGGGGCUGUGGGCGGGCGGGCCUUGCUUUGUUUAGAAACAUUCCAAAUCCAAAUCAAAACAAGCUUUCCCUUUGGGUGGUGGUAAAACAGAGAGCUGCAUUCCCACUUCUGCAUCCCUUUUAUAGCUCAUCUUAGGCUUUUUGAGCUCUGUUUCCUGCCUGUUUUCCCUGACUGAGGCUCUGUGCUUCCAAGAGUUGCCUAGCAGGCAGAAGUUCAACAGAUGCAACUAUAACCACCCAGUGAUGGAAGCUCAACCUGUUGAGUGUCUGCAUAUCUCAAACACACGUCCUCUUAUCUGGAUUUUUGAAAAUCCCCCCUGUGUGGGUGCAAAAUCUGUUGUUUUCGUGAUAAUCAUAAUUUCUUGGUGGGUUUUUACAUAAAAAAGUUGAGUUCCACCCUAGGAUGUCUUUUAAGUGUGUAUUUACCAAGUGCCUUAAGUCUGAGAAGUUCUGUCUUGGUUUUUCCAUUUCGGGCAGUUUGGCUUGGAAGAGCCUUCAAGUCUUGCUCCCUGCACUGAUAGAAUCUUUCCCUGUGACUGCAUAUUUCAUAAAAACAAGCUAGCUGGACAUUGGCAACCGCACAUUAACAAGGAAAAUAAGGGACUACUCUUUACAAUGCGUGGAAGGUGGGGUACUGAGUCCACUUGAUAGUUAGGAGUAUAGAAGCACCGGAGAAGUACUUUAUUCUGAAUUAGUGGAUCAUGUUGCUUAUGUGACUGGCUUUUCAAGGCAGGGUGUUUCUCUGCCUUAACGUGUGCAUUUUGGAUACUCUAAAUGUAAUCCUCUGCGUUCUUCAAACAAGCAUUAAAUUGUACAUCUUGCCGGCUA